UGGUUUAUUUGCAAUGCCCUGUUAUAUUACCGAAUAUGGUAUUUGGUUCCAUAUAUGGAGUCUAUCGCCUGUAAAGUAUAACAAGYUGGUGAUUCGAGGGGCCGAGGUUUUCUCCAGCAUUGCAUCCUUGUCGUUUCUGGUCCUUAUUUGCCUGGAGCGCUGUUACGCCACGUUCUACCCAUUUAAGAGUCGAGUAACGUCAUUAKUGACGUACAUAGUGGGUGUGGUCUCCACGUGGUUACUGGCCGUGRUAGCUGCUGUUUUGUAUUUAGCAACCACUCCUUUUUUCUUCUUAAUGGCGUGGUUACUGGKGUCGACCUGCAUCAUCAGYAUUGGAUAUCUGGCCAUCUACUUCAAGAUGAAAAGACAAAGUCGACAACGACAAGAAAUGGGUGGAGGACAAAACACCACACGAGAGAAAGAACUUGCUAAGACACUGUUCAUCGUGACCGUGUCAUCCAUCGUGUGUUGGGUCCCUUUCACUGUWCUGAGUCUUCUUGUUUACUAUCGAGUAUACUACACCAUACUUGCCACGAAUUUUGGUAAAUUAUUACAAUUUACUAAUUCACUGAUAAAUCCUAUUUUAUAUCAACUAAGAAUGAAAGAUGUCAGAAAAGCUACAGUCAUGCUGCUUAAAAAAUGCUCACGUGACAGCCCACGUGCUCCUGAACAUCGAUCAAUUGAAGGAUUUUAUAAUGCAGGCAUGAAUCAUACGGAGUUGAUGACUCCAAGCCCAUCGCCAAGAGUCCGGAGAGAAAUGUUCCAAGAAAGGCCCGGAUUAGAUUCAUUGACUCCAAGCCCAUCGCCAAGAGUCCGSCGAAAAAUAUUUCAUGAAGGGCCCCCGUUAGACUCAUUGGUGCCAAGUCCYUCGCCGAGCGAUGACCGCAAAGAAGAAUUUCAAGAGAGGAAAGGAUYAAACAUAGUCAGUCCCAGUCCUUCACCGGGAGUUGACCGAAGACAACCAUUUGUGGWAGGGACUGGGWMAGAGUUGUUGUUGUCACCACGGAUYRACCGAAAAGAAGCUUUUCUAGAAGAGAUGCCACUGAGCCCCAGUCUCUCGCCGACGAUAAAGCGGAGAAACACUUUGCAAUAGAGGACUGGGUGYCUUACGUUACUCUGUUUUCUUGGAAAACUAUUUGAAUUUCGUGGGUAGAGGUGUGUUCUCGAUGAUCAAUGUAACUGUGAGCGGUGAUGCUUUUAGUYGUUGGAGMACAUUAUGCCGAUGCAUGUAGCUACGUAGUGUACUCACUUAUCCAUGAAACAGAGUACUUAGUAAAGCCGUGAAACAAAGUGCAUUGUGGUCUAGACUCGGUAAAAACAUCUUUUGUUCAUGCUACUAAAUAUAGCGUUGUUUGAAGGUAGACCACAAURCAUCAUGAYUUUCUAUUCAUGCAUUCAAUGUCCCGCGUUUUGUCUGUAAGGAUUUACCACAUU